GCCAGUAAUAACGACAACUCAGAAUCAUCCAGGUUUAGUUUUCAACUCUUGUCUAAACUCUACUAUUGGAAGUGCUUUAAUGUGUGCGGCUACCGUCUGCUCCUGGAAGUGGUCAGCUGCUAGUGAACUUCCACCUCUUGCAGGCGGUCAAGCGUCAUCAUGGGGAUUAAAAGCAAACUGUAUUGUUGCACCACAAGGCAAACAUUCAGCAUAGUGAUCGCAUUUUGUUUACUUUGUAUGCUGACAUUAAAGUUCAAUUCUCCGAGAGAAUUCCUAGUCAGUAAAACGUUUACCUUAUCUACUUGCAGUUUUCCGCAUCUGGACCCUUUCGAACCGUAUGUCAUUCGGUACGCUGGAAUGGACAAAAAACCACUCAAGUGCCAAUCAGAUAUGCCCGAUUUGACUUUUGUGCGAAAUAACUCGCUUAGUAUUGACCAAAACAAGAUCAAGGAAAAUUUUGGCAAUCAGGCUGUGCUGUGUGAGUUUCAAACUAUUAAAAGGCAUCCAUCAAAUGAUUGGGAUAUUGUCGUUGGGAACUGGACAAGUAUUGUCAAUGGAUAUACAAAGCUUGACAGCGAUGCCGAGUUUUUGCGCGCCAUGUGCAAGGUUAACGGGUCAAAGGUCGUGUCUAAAACGUAUCACUCUAUCAUCCCGAGGAGAUCGGAAUAUUCGAAACUUCACUCUACCCUGUUGAAGAAAAGAGAUCAGCUUUAUUCCCCGAAGGAGACUUUGAAUGUAAUCAUGAUCGGAUUUGACGGCGUCUCUAGGCAUCAGUUCUUACGUGGCAUGAACAAGACAUACAACUUCUUGAUGACAGAGCUAGCCUCCUUUGACAUGACCAUGCACACGCAGGUCGGGAAAGACACAUUCGAGAACUACCUGGCCCUCCUCGGGGGAACUUCGUGGUCUGAGCUGAAAAAGUGGUGGGAAUUCAAACAACCAGGUGACGCUCUCGACCUUGUCUGGAAGGAGUUCUAUGACGCCGGCUACCAAACGCUUUUCACCGAAGAUCAGCCAACCGGCGGGGCGUUUCAUUAUCAGAAGAUGGGUUUUCUGUUCAAGCCCACUAUUUACAACAGUCGCCCGAUGGCUCUAGCUCUAGAGCGUGAUAAUGAAAUGUGGAAGAUGGGCAAGGACUGUGUGGGAAGUCAAGCCGAGUUUAGUUUCCACAUGGACUACGUCCGUCAAUUUCUGAAGACUUUUACCAAUAUGCCCAGUUUUGUUUUUACCUUUCUGUCCAAAGUGACCCAUGAUGACAUGACCUAUCUUAAGUCUGUAGAUGAACUGGUGCUACAGGAGUAUCAAAAGCUCCAGGAAUCUGGGGAACUCAAUAAGACUCUGUUGAUAACCUUCUCCGACCACGGGCCAAGACAAGGCAAAAUAAGACAGACUAUUCACGGUAUGGUGGAAAGCAGAAACCCCUACACGAUACUUACUAUUCCUCAAUGGUUCUUAACGAAGUAUCCAGGCGUCGAAAAGAACUUGGAAACGAACACAGCCCGUCUUACCACACACUUUGACACCUUUGAGACUUUACGAGAAUCCCUGUACUUUGGAAGCAGCGAAACACCUCUUAGAAAAAACAAACACGGUGUCAGCCUAUUUCAGGAAAUCCCAAUUACAAGAACGUGUUCGGAUAUUCCCAUUCCUCCUGAAUUUUGCCUCUGUGGGCAAAAGGGCUAUUCGGCGAGUCUUGAUGUAAAAUCUAAACUCGCCUCCAUCUUGGCGCAACAUGUCAUGUCAGAAAUAGCGACAAACGUGAACACAACGUUGUGCGCCAAUCUAACUUUGAAGUCUAUUGUCCAAAUAGACGAUGUCCAACUCUCAGAGGCGCUUCAAAAAGACGCGAACAACAGGAAGAUAUACAAGGUGAGGCUGCUGACAAGUCCUGGCGACGCCUUGUUCGAAGGAACUGUGUUCACGGAGGAAGGAGCUUCAACAGAAGGUCAAGGCAAACUGGUCGUAGCGAAGGUCAUAGAACGGCUGAAUUUGUACAGGGGGCAAGCGGAAUGUGUGGAAAGCGCCAACGAAAGAUUAUUUUGUUACUGUAAAUCUUUGUUAAAAAUCUAGGAGAUAACUUACGCUCAUUGGAGACUAGAGAAACUGAAAGUGAAAACUUAGACAUGAGGUUUUAGGUAAUGGUUUAAACCUGUGACAGAUAUUAAUAAUGUAAGAUUAGAUAGCAUAGGUGAUUGUUGUGUACAUCAAAUCGGUCAUUUAUGAGAGGAAUGUUUUAUAAAUGAUAUUGACGUAUAUAAUUUGUGAUAAAUGUGAUACGUUCAAACA